GAGCGUUUGUGAGCUGCUGGGCAGGCCGUUGCGCUCAGAUUCCAAAUGAAAAUGUUUGAGAGUAUUGACUCUACAACCACAAGACCUGGCCCUGAUCUUUGGGCUGAAAUAUGUUCCUGUCUACCAAAUCCUGACCAAGAAGAUGGUGCCAACAAUGCCUUCUCAGACUCCUUUAUGGAUUCUUAUCCUGUGGGCACAGGCCAAAGGGAGGCCCCAGAGUUUGCUGUUCAGCCAGCUACAAAGCCUUGGGCUCCCUUGCAGGAUUCAGAAGUAUAUUUAGCAUCUCUAGAAAAGAAGCUAAGAAGAAUCAAAGGUUUAAAUCAGGAAGUGACUUCCAAGGACAUGCUUCGAACCUUGGCCCAAGCCAAGAAGGAGUGCUGGGAUCGAUUCCUCCAGGAGAAGUUAGCAUCAGAGUUCUUUGUGGAUGGACUUGAUUCUGAUGAGAGCACCUUGGAACAUUUCAAGAGGUGGCUCCAGCCAGAUAAAGUAGCCAUCAGUACAGAGGAGGUCCAGUAUCUGAUUCCUCCAGAGUCCCAGGUUGAGAAGCCAGCAGCCGGGGACAAGCCAGCAGCAGCGGAACAAUAAAUUACACACACACACACACACACACACACACGCUGAGCAGCUGUCUUGGAUCCAGAGGGAACAGCGGAGAGCUCGGCGGAGCAGCAAGGAGAAAUCCAGGGAGGCGGGGGAAGCCCACCCUCCCACUCAACAAAGCAAACAGCUGUGGCCCCCGAGGACUUGCUUGGGGCUGGCGUGUGUGACUGUCUUGGAUUAAGUGACCCAGUGCAUGCUGGAUCAAGAUACUGCUUUCCUCUGUGUCUCACAGCUUGCCUGAGCUCUGUUGCAGCAGGUGAGAAGUCCACUAAGAAUCUAGUGAAGCAGCAAGUAUGAAAGUAUUUGGAGAAACUGAUACCCUUGGGUUUAAUAUAUAAGCUAAGUGAGCCAUAUUUUUUCUUGCCUCUUCUGGAUGUUCCUGCCUGCGCUCCCAGCAUUCCCUUGGUUAACUGUCAGGGGUGAGUGGGGUCAAGGAGAAUCAAGUCGGCCUCCUUGGAUCCACAGCCCAUGUGGGGCUUCUCUAAGUUUGUAAUAAAUAUAGGGACAUGACGAAAAGAGGCCAUGCUUUUCCUUUGUCUGGUUCGUUCCUUGUGGAGAAAGUGGAUCAAAGUAUGAAAACUUGGGUGUUUGUGUGUAGAUGUAUAUUUUUUAUUUCAUGCAUGAUUUCUCCCCUAACUUCCUCUUGCCCUUAAAACGGGCCAGGCUUCAAAUUAGACUUGUAAAUAUGGUGUCGGUAUUUGACACCACCCCUGAAUAGUUCCAAGCUCGCCUGUGGCAGCUUUCGUGGCCGUUCUUG